CGUCACCAAAGAAAGGCGGCAAAUGAAAUCCGCGAAGUAAAUGAAGAAGGAGCAAUAAAGUGGGGAAUAACUUCACCUGUGGAGCAAAACUAACCCGAGAAACAUGGAUGCAGCGGCCGGCAGCGGUGUGCUGGCUCACCUGAGCCGGCUGGAGUCUCGGGUGAGCAGCAGCUCAGCUGAACCCAGUCCUGCGGAGAAGCUGCGGGACAAAGUCCAGGAACUGACGGCCCGGAGGGACCAGCUGAGGGCGGAGAUCCAAACACACCAGAAACUGCUGAAACUGAGAUUGUCUGCAGGAGCAGAAGAGGAGGAGGAGGAGGAUGAAGAUUCCCAGCUGCUGCGGCUGAUGGUCCGACACACCGAGCUGAAAGAUCUGCUGCAGGCUCAUCACCUCACCGGCGGGUACGACGCCUUGAAGACGCGAAACGGCCGAGGGCUGUGCGUCUCCGUGGCGACGGCCUACGAGGGCGUGAGUCUGGACACCUACAACCUGGAGGUGGAGCUGAAGCCCCGGGUGAGGAUCGUCCGCCACAACGUGCCGCCCUUCGUCCCGCUGAGCCGCCUGGCCGAGCAGAGCGACCUGCAGGCCGACCUGGGGGCCUUUCUGAGCGCGCUCAGUCGACACCUCAACGCCUUCGCCGGCCGCAGGCAGCAGCUCAAGCUCGUCAAGGAGCUGCACACGUCCGCUGAGGUGAUGGAGAGCAACGCGUUGUGUUCGCUGCUCGUCCUGAUGCUCAGCGUCCCGAGGAGCGAGACGGUCGUGCUCUGCACCCUGGAAUACUCGGACCACUGCAGCUGUCUGCCCACCCGAGUCCACUUCGACUGCGAAGAGAAGCAGCUUCCCGACUCUGCAGAGUGGAAGAAGAACGGCAGCUUGCUGAUGGAUACUCCGGUGCACAAGGCUUUAGACACCAUGAAAAAGAUGGGGAGCAUAGUUUGAUUUGUGGAUCGUGGCGCUUAAGAUUAAUUUACACUCGUUAUUGUCGUUAUUUAAAAUAUUUAGAGGUGAAGAAAAUAAAGUCAAGGACUCCAGAUCUUUGAGGUUUUACUGGCGUUUCCACUUUUCCUGACGCGGGUCUCGUCUGGACUGAGGAUCCAGAUUCAGACGAGCUGAAGAGGAUUCUGACGGGAACGUUGUGGAGGAGCGUCUUCACACCCUGGAUGUUGAACUCGUCUCCCAGCGAGGCUACCGUCGCCGCUGCUCCGCUGCGCUUUUGUUGGUCCAGCAGGUUCAGUUUUUGUGGAAAUCUCCGUCCUCCCUUCGGCUCUUCACUCUCAGCAGCUUCUGAAACCUGCAGAUGUCCUGCAUUUCCCUUGAAGACGAGAAGAAUCAAAACAUGAGUCCUGAUUCAGUCUUUUCUCGUCAAGUUGAGUAUUAUUUUCUCACUUGACUGUAUCUGUAGAGUCCAGUCAUACAGGUGAGCUGCUGCGCAGGUUUCUGUGCAUUUAAAAAAAUACUCAUUGUAGUGAGUUUCUGCAGUACGAUGGAAUAUUAGGGCCAAACUAAGACAAAAAAAAAAUUGGAAAUUACGAGAAUAAAGUUGUAAAAUUAAGAGAAUAAAGUAAAAACCUAAUGUUGCAAGAAUAAAGUUGUAAUAUUACGAGAAUAAAGUCAUAGCCUAAUAUUACGAGAAUAUAGUCGUAAAAUUAUAAGAAUAAAGUCAUAUUGUUGCGAGAAUAAAGUCGUAAUAUUACGACUUUAUUCUCGUAAUUUCCAAUUCUUUUUGCCUUAGUUUGGCCCUAAUACUCCAUUGUACUGCAUUCAUUCUGCAAGUGAACAUUCCUCAAAGAUUACAUUGCCUAAGAGUCAUAUAGAUCAUAUCUCAAUUAGAAUCAAGUCAUUAUACAGACUUUAUUCUAAUCAAUCUCCUCGUGACCACAUUGAUUCAGUUACUUUAGCCUUUUGGACAUUAGCUCAUGCACAGCUUUUUUAAGGUGCCGCCACAGCAUUUCAGUAGGUUAAAGGUCGGGAUUCUGACCCCGAUUUCAUUAUUUCUAUGUUUGGCAUUAUUGUCCAGUCGCAUAAAGCCAUUUUCACAUAACUUUUAGUUGCUCCACAUUGUUUGAAAUACUUUUAUGUGCCUUUACAGAUUUAUUUGCAACGACGAUUGCUUCUUCAAAAACACUGCUUAUGUCUCUCCCUCAUGGAAAGUUGUUAAUAUUCACCUAAACGCCCCAGACCACAAAACUACCAGAACAUUUGACUUUUAUAAACAUCUGCACACCUGCAGUUGUCAUGGUUUUUGGACUUUUCAUAUAUUUCUAUUAAAGUGUUAAUCGGCUCUGUCAUUUAUGAACAAAGAAAACACGUGUACUGAAAAUAUAAGAGUGUUUUGUCAAUAAAAAUUAC